GCGCCCGAGCCGUUCACGGACACUGCUCAACGCCAGCUACGACAGCACACCAUAGACUGACUGCCAUAUACCCCGGAGGAUGCCCUUUACCACUCGCUAUGUCCUGCCCGUCGCCCUCGUUCUUUUCUUCGGCCUGAACUACGCUUUCCUGUCGUACACCCACCCUAUCGACUCGCUCAAGUCUGUUAUUAACCUCAAGCAGCAAUCCGACUCGACUAUUAACUUCCACCUUAAUGUUUCGUCGCCCUCGGACAGUAAGGUCGCAGACACCGCGAUGGCCCCUGUGGUGUUUGCGCUCGUGACAUUCGGAGCCUCAUCCGCGACCGAGGGUUUGCUCGCGCUCAAAACCGCGCUGAUGCACGUAUCAAGACCUGCGGACUUCCAUAUAAUUUGCAGUCCAGACGCGGUUCCGAUAAUCCAAGAAAAGAUAGACCUGUUUAGCAGACCGGCGUACCCCGUGAACGUGCGGUACUACCCCCUAACGGACGCGAUGAUCAGAGCCAGAGCAUCCCGGGCCGGGGUAGACACAAGAUAUUCAGCGGGACUUGGCGGCCUCGUAAAAGUCUUCAUCCAUGAACUCCUCUACGACGUGGAAAAAGUCAUAUUCUACGAUACGGACAUGCUCUUCCUCGUUGACCCCUUUCUCCUCUGGCGCGAGUUCCAGGAGAUGCACGACGACCAGAUGAUUGCGUUCCCGACGCUCGGCGCCGACAGCGACCCAAUGGAGAUCUGUACUUGUGUCAUGCUGUUGAACCUCCGUGCGAUGCGUGCGACGAGCUUCAUGCCCUCCACCCUCUUCCCGCCCUCCUCACCCAAGUCAAUAUCCCCCGCCGCUUGGAGAGCGACCGGAACCGACCCUCUCAAGCCCAAGUUCGGGGACCAAGGCCUGUACUGGGCCGUGUGGAAGCAUCGGCCCGAGUACUUCAAGCACCUCUCGAUGAGUUGGGACAUCACCCACUGUCGCUUUUCAUAUGGCUUGUCCCUGGCCGACGGGGACGAUAGCAUGCCCGAGGAGGAGCAGGUGGCGCACCAGAAGGAGCAGUUUGACGUGCGCACUGCGCCGGAGCGCUUCACGCAGCUCUUCCCAGGAAUAGUGCAUUUCAACUGCCAACCCGAUUACGACGUCGUCUGGAACGAGCCCAAGAAUGCGCAGCGCCCGCGGUGGGGCCCCUUCGUCACCGUGGCGAUCCAGUACAAGUGGAUUUGGCUGAACCGCGGGCAAGGCGACGCGCGCGUGGACGCGCGUAUCGUGCGCCGGCCCGAAGGGGAGUGGUGGUGGGACCAGGUGUUCCAUCGCAAGGGCGGGUCGCUGUCCGUCGAGGAGUUGGAAGACGACUUAUCGCGCAGAAGGGGGGGGCAGGAGGAGCCGAUAUCGAGAAGUAAGACGGUUGGGCACCGGCGGGUGUCGCAUUAGAGAAGGGUCGGCUGUGCCCACCCGGUGUGAAUACCCCACGUACCAUUCAUUUGUUUAUACGCAACACCACACACUAGAGAAUGGAUUGAGUACGUAAUGCUGUAUUUAUCUUGUAAUUUAUCUCGUAGUGUAGAGACAUCGUAUUCCUGGGUCUUUGAAUAAUCUACUCAGUGCACGAGCGUUACAAGCACGGAAUGCACGCUCG